AUGCGGUCUCGCGCCACUCAUCCUCGAGCGCUGCUCAGGCUGGUCGCCAGUUCCCACAGCACCGGCAACAAUGGACGGCAAGCGGCAACUCAAACCCUCGCAGCGGGCAGGCGCUCAUCGGUCCUGCACUCUACGAAGCGCGCUGCUGCCUCAUCCUCUUCACGGCCCCUCAACUCCUUCAUAUCCCCGAACGGCGCAGCGACUUGCUCUUCCAGCAGUGUUUCUCAGCUCAGGGCCUACGUUGCGCCGUCUACAGCUCAUACUCGCAGAAGAGCCUCCAUUGCCAGGCGUCGAGCUUCUCGCAGCUCAUCUGAGGGCAAUGGCGACGCAUCAGCAAAGGGCUCUGCUGACUUGUUCAGUGCUAAGCGUCGUUCUGCUCUCGAUCGUGCGCUGAGCAAGCUCAAUCGAGGGCACGCACCCGCUCGACCGCCACCCACUACGGACAAAGAAGUGGGAAUGCAAUCCUUUUUCUCGACUUAUAGACCGCUUUUGGAGCAUGCAGUGAGAACAACGUGGUCUGCGGGAAGCAAUGGCGGGACUGUGCAAGGCAGCUUUGGGGCGCUUUCAUCAGAAAUGGAUUUCCCGCCCAAGGAAGUCCAAGAGUUUGUCUCCAAUGUGGUUGCAAAGCACGGCGAUCGUUUGCGAGGAGGAACACUUAUCGCAGUAGUCACCGACGUCUCCGAAAUGCCGUCAGGCCCAUCGAUAUGGCCCGAUGCUCUUCGAAACGUCAACCCAUCUCGCUUUUCUAGGCUACUCGACUCUCUCUCUCAAUCCUCAACGUCAUCGUCCGCCGUCUCCCAAACUUCUCUGAAGGUCGUCAUGGAACGUCACAAAAUGGCAGAAGAACUUCGCAGAGAGAAGGAGUGCGCCGAGGCUGUUGCGAAUGCGGUGGAGCGGGGAGAUGACCCGACGGUAGCUAAGGCGCUGGGAGGCGAGGCGGACACAGUAAUCUUGGGGGAGCCCAAUGGUCCCCAGGCAGACUGGUCCCCUGGUGUUGCUAGCUUUAUGGCAAAACACCUGCGAGCUUUUGAGCCGCCUUCUGCGCCAGAUGCUCAUGGCCGCACACUUUUGGCGCCCCAGACUGCCGGAUCUUCUAUGCCCCACUUUGGACGGAGCAGUGUCAUCACGCUCGGGGAAGGCGAGGAGUUCGAUGAUGAGGAUGUAGCAGAUCGCCUCUCAUCCAUGUUCACGGACGCCCUGAACGGUAUGGAUGGUGCGAGCUUCGGCGGGAAUGUGCACGGCCUGCCGCCUAGCAACGUGGAGGAGGAUGCACCCAACCUUCUCUUGUCCCAUGCGAUGGUCCAAGCGGCCCUUCCAAACUCGCUUGCAUGGGAUAGAUUGGUCGGUCAGAUGGAUGCUGCUGCGCUGGAUGACGCCAGCAUUGCGAGAGGAGGUGUGAACCCUUCCUUGCUGAAUGCGGAUCCUUUGCCGCCCGAUCACGAGCUGCACGUCUCUCUGGACAGUGUGAGGCGGAAACGAAAGAAGAAGAUGAGAAAGCACAAGUAAGUUGAGCCCUUCCAGCGCCAUUCCCUGCGCUGCUUCGUCUUGCUGAUUCAACUCUUCGUUUUGCGCGUCUUGUAGAUACAAGAAGCUGCGCAAACGCACGCGCAUCCAGCGCCAACAACAGAAGUAG